AUGUGGUCCUCAUCAUUCUUAGGCCUUUGCCUACUCGCAGUCUCUGCCGCAGCUGCACCAUCCCUCGCACCAGCCGUCAAGGCCGACUACGAUGCCAUCAUCGUUGGCGGUGGUCCUGCUGGUCUCGCCGCAGCAAGCGGUCUCGGCCGAGUGCGUCGCGAUGUUCUGCUGGUAGAUUCUGGAGAAUACCGCAACGACCCAACACGGCAUGCGCACGACAUUAGUGGUUUCGACGGAGUUACACCGGCAUGGCUUCGUUUCGCAGCACGCCAGCAAGUCGAGGACUACGGCACUAUUGCGAUGGUGAAUGGCACAGUCACAGACAUUGAGCCAGCGCAGACGCCCAGCGCUACGACUUUGUUCACGGUCUCCAUCACAUACCCGGAUAACAAGCCGGUCACUUUCACAGCCCGCAAGGUUGUGCUGGGCACUGGCAUGAGGGAUAUUCUCCCUCAGACACCCGGUAUCGAAGAGAACUGGGGCAAAGGAAUCUACUGGUGCCCAUGGUGCGACGGCCACGAACACGCCGACCAGCCUCUGGGUAUUCUCGCCGACCUGCCCAGCGCCGUCACUUCAGUCAGAGAGAUCUUGACCCUAAACACCGACAUUGUCCUCUUCGUCAACGGAACCGACACGCCAGAAGAACGGCAAAAGGCAGAGACCUCCUUCCCGGGCUGGGAGACGUACCUCCAACUCCACGACGUGAAGAUCGAGAACCGCACAAUGUCGAACCUCACCCGCCUGCGAGAUGGCGCCACACCAUUCGCCGAUCCCAGCCUGCCGACGCAUCCUGAGCACGACUUGUUCCAGGUCGACUUUGAGGGUGGUGGCGAACCUAUCCUGCGGAAUGCAUUCUUUGCCGACUUUCCCUCUGAGCAGAAGUCCACCAUCGGCCAAGACGCCGGCGUCCAGCUCCUCGGCACCAAACUCUCCGCCAACGGCUCCCAAGGCCUAUCAACCAACAUCGCAGGUAUCUACGCUAUCGGCGACGCCAACUCAGACAAUGUCACCAACGUCCCACACGCUUUCUUCACCGGCAAGCGCACAGCAGUGUUCCUGCACGUGCAGCUAGAGAGGGAGAACUCGGUGGCGCAGAUCGCUGGUGGAAGGGUCUUGCCACGACCUCGCAAGAGGGAGGUUGAGAGUGAGAGGGCGUUGUGGGCGAGGAUGAAUGUUGAGGGUGAUGUUACGUAUGCUGGGGAGUUUGAUCGGUAG